AUGUUCCGUGUCAUCGAUGCACAGAUCCACCCUCUGGCACACUUCAAGUUCUGCCCGGACGUCUUCGAAAAACGUUAUAAUGUCGCCGACGCCGCCAUGAAAGCCGCGGUCAAAUGUCUCAGCGAUGGGAUGCUCCCUGUGAUCGUCGACUCUGCUGAAGCAGGCCACUACGUGACUGAGGUACACAUCAAUCAGGACCGUUAUCAAGAUGAUAGCGUGGCCGUCUGUUCGAACCCUAAACUCUGGCUUUUGGAGCUGAAGCGCAAGGUCGAGAGGGGGCAUGUGUAUAACAAAGGCGUAUCGAAGAGCGUCUCGGCGGGACGGGAGUCGCAACUAGGGAAGCUGUGCCGCAUUCCGGUUCAUGAGAGAGAGACUCGAGUGCAGAAGUGGAAGUUUGUGCCGUUGACGAAGGAGGAAAUGAAGGAUGGUGGAUAUAUCGAUCUUUUCGAGGAAGGGGAAGCUGCUGAGCGUGAACCGCUUCCGGAUGUUCUAGCAAUGGCUUUGCAAUUGUUACUGUCGCAGAGAUGA